AUGUCUCGAAAAAAUAUCUUCUUGGUAGGGGCUCCGUUGUCAGCAAAUCUGAACUGGGACACAGACGAGCUUCUCAACAAGCCCAUACCUCCCUUUCACGACAAUACGAGCAGCCCAGAACAGCUAUCUCUGGAGCAACCACCUGUAAGAUGGAGGGUGUUGCGGUCAUCAGUCGAUAAGCUAGGUGACAAUUAUGACUCUUUUCAAGGCUAUGAGGAUCCAGCUUUUUUCAUCUCGCAUCAACUGGCUGUUGCGGCAGAUGCGACAGAUGCGACACAAGAACAAUCAGAAGAUUCGAUUCUUCAAUUCUACGACCAUUCUUUUGCUAUCCAUGAAACCUCCGAGGUAGCUGGCUCAGAUUUGUAUGUAACAGAUUCCAUACAGGACAGCAGUCUGGGCGAGGACAGCAUGUUGGCUAGCUUUACGAGGUUGGACAAACCAGACACCCCAAGGUCACCUCGCAUCCUGCAUAUCCCUGAAUCCCUCAGCAAUUUGCAAGACCUUCCCACGGCCAGUGAAUAUGAUCGUGGGGGUGUUGGCAGUUCAUCCCCACGUCGGAUAGUAACGCGACAAUGGAAAACCGAAUUGGAUCUCAUCGAGCUCGUCGUUGGAGACGAGACAAGGGCUGGGUUUGCAGUCAAUUUUUGGCUCAAGCCAGAGAAGCAGACCGCUGCCAAGAACAACGAAGCGGAUCGCCUACGUCGAUCGUUGGCGUCAAUUCGGCCCCGCGACAUCGUGUUGCUCCGAACCGUCGGGCUCAGUACAUUCCAAGAUCGGGUAUAUGGACAGAGUCUGCGCCGAGGAUGA